AUCUAAAAGUAAAACCCUAAAUUAAUACACAACCCCGAGACUCGGUUCGAUUCGCGUGUUCCCCUAUAAUUAACUCAGCGCUCCGCAUUUUCUUCUUCAUUCAUCACCACCUUCUUCUUCUUCUUCAAUCACUCCUUAGUUACAUUACUCUCUUCUCAGGAUCCAAUCCAACCGCAUUCCCGUUUCGCUUUCGUUUUUCCUUUCUUUUUCUCUCGUUUGAUCCGCGAUGGAUUCUCGGGAACCGCCUCCGCCUCAGCCUCAGCCGCAACCGCCAAGCAUGAUGGUGGGCCCCGCCUCCUCCUACCCCUCGGUGAUGGCCCCCGCCACCGCGCGAUUCCCUUUCAACAGCAACCCUCCGCCCGACCCUUUCAACGACGCCACCACAGCCAACAACAACAACACCGCCACGUGCGAGGCCACGUUGAAACCGUGCGGGCUUCCCUCGGACUCCGCCAAGAAAAAGAGAGGCCGGCCCAGGAAAUACUCCCCCGAUGGCAACAUUGCGCUGGGUCUGGGCCCAGGCCCAGGCCCAGGCCCAACCCAUGCUUCCUCUUCCUCCGCCGAACCUCCCGCUAAGAAGCACCGCGGCCGUCCCCCUGGCUCCGGAAAGAAGCAGAUGGACGCGCUCGGAAUCGGUGGAACUGGUUUCACUCCUCAUGUUAUCUUAGCCGAAGCUGGCGAGGAUAUUGCUGCAAAACUUAUGGCCUUUUGUCACCAAGGACUGCGGACAGUUUGCAUUCUCUCUGCUACUGGUGCAAUCUGCAAUGUUACCCUUAGGCAAUCAGAAACUUCUGGGGGUGGUGUGUCCUAUGAGGGUCAAUUUGAGAUUAUAUCACUUUCAGGUUCUACUCGACAUUCUGAAAAUAACAGUGGUCAUAACAGAAUGAGUAACUUGAGUGUGUCUCUAGCUGGUCCUGAUGGAAGAGUAUUGGGUGGUGAAGUUGUUGGAAUGCUUACUGCAGCAUCUCUAGUGCAGAUCAUUGUGGGGAGUUUUGUUGCGGAUGGUAAGAAGUCUAGCUCAAGUAACCCAAAAUCUGGACCGGCUGUGACACCAUCAUCCCAAAUGGUAACUUUUGGUGGUCCUGUGACUCCAACCACUCCUACAUCUCAAGGGAAUUCAACUGAGUCCUCUGAUGAUAAUGAGAAUGGUCAUUUUAGCAAGGGGUCAGGUGAUCCAGGACUCUACAAUAAUAAUGCUAGUCAGUCCGUUCAUAACAUUCCGAUGUACCAUCAUCAACUAUGGGCAGGACAAACUCAGCAGUGAUGUGCAAUUUUAGGUUUAGCAUUGUCGAAGCAGAAUAUUGGCAUGAUUAUUGUUCAAAGUAGUGACUAGAAGUCAAAUUGAAAUUCUAACAUCCAUCAUUGGUUUUGGAACUGAUUUUAGGAGGAUUAUCUUAAGGUCAAAAUCUAUUUAUCUUUAUUUUUCUGUGGAUUAGAAUUUUUAAAUCAUAAUCGGAACAGUGUUAGUUAUGAUAGUUUUUGGUUAUUGGAGCCUGUUACGGAUGUGGAUCCACACUCAUUUAUUAGAUAUAUGAGUUGUGUUCCCCUGUGCAUGCGUUCAUUAGAUAUAUGAAUUGUGUUCAUUA